ACACCUUUUUUUUGUUUCAUUAGAUUUGGGCUUUGAAGGUUUGUCUCCGCCCCCAAAAACCCUAUUACAUGUUUUAGUGCACAAUAGAAAUGCGUCCGCAAAAUUCAGUUUGACACAUUCACCUGAAUGUUGUGGAAUCAAACCAGAAAUGGUUUCCCCUGUCACAGUGGUGAAGAGUGAGGGCCCCAAGUUGCUGCCCUUCCUGAAGGCCAGCUGCCUGUACUUCGCCCUGUGGCUGCCCACCUCCAGCCCCUCCUGGCUCAGUGCGCUGGUCAAGUGCCUGCCCAUCCUCUGCCUCUGGGCCUUCCUCCUCGCCCACGGCACCCGCUUCCUGCUGGCCCAGUCCGCCGCCCGCAGGAUCUUGGCAGGCCUGGUCUUCUCUGCGCUGGGCGACGCGUUUCUGGUCUGGCAGGAGGAAGGCUACUUCAGUCACGGGCUGCUGAUGUUCGCUGUGGCCCACAUCCUGUACUCCUCUGCGUUUGGGAUGCGACCCCUGAACCCACAUGCGGGCGUGGCCGUGGGCUGUGUGUCCGUGCUCAGCUACACCUUCCUGUACCCCUGCCUCUCCCACCCCUUCACCUACCUGGUGGGCGUGUACGUGGCUCUCAUCGGGUUCAUGGGCUGGCGGGCCAUGGCAGGGGUUCAGCUGGCCAAUGACCUGUGGAAGUGGACCCGCCUGUCAGCCUGCCUGGGGGCGGGGCUCUUCUGGGUCUCUGACCUCACCAUUGCCAUCGACAAGUUCUGCUUCUCUGUGCCCUACUCCCGCGCCAUUAUCAUGGGGACCUACUACGCCGCACAGAUGCUGAUCGCCCUGUCUGCUGUGGAGGGCCAGGACGUGGAGGCAUCGCGGAAGAGGGGGUGAACUGGGGGACUCGUCUUGUUCCCUAAACGUUUAUGGAUCACCUCACAUUAAAUGCAGAGAGACUAUAUCUCAGAUACCCCACACAUACCAUUCUGUAUAGCAGUGAUUCCAUGGAGACAGGGGGGACUGAAAAAGAUUGUCAUUCAGCUAGUCACACUGAAGCCCCUCCCCUCUACAACACCACUGUGUUAAACUUUACACACCACUUGCACACGCACAGCACACAUCCACUGUGUUAUCAAGUACACGGUCUGUGUUGCUUACUAUUUUACAUUC